AUGAUCGACCUGCCCAUAUUGAAGCACAAGAAGGAAAUUAAAAAAUGCAUAAAGAGGAAUAGGCUAAUAAUUAUUAAGGGGGAGACGGGGUGCGGGAAGACAACCCAGGUGCCCCAAAUAAUAAACAGGUACUUUUUUGACAAAAGGGGGAAGAACGGUAGUGGCGCCACUAAUGAUGAUGUGGGGGGGGAGGAGGAAGAGGAUGGUGGUGACGCCGUUUGCAAGGAUGGCUACUCCGCUGGGCCGCCAAACGAAAAAGCUCCUUUGAAGAUGCUGAUUUCGCUUCCCAGGCGAGUAGCAACCAUCACGGUAGCGGAGAGAGUGGCGAAAGAAAUGAGCAGAGGAAAGAUAGGAAGCUACGUCGGCUAUGCCAUUAGAUUUAAAAACGUAACAUCAGAUGAAACCAGAAUCAAAUUUGUAACUGAUGGGAUCCUCAUUAGAGAAAUCAUGAAUGACCCAUUGUUAAAAAAAUACACUUUUUUAAUAUUAGAUGAAGUACACGAACGGUCCAUUAGGACAGAUGUCCUCUUGGGUUACGUUCGAACAUUAAUGGAGAAGAGGAAGAAACUCAGAAUCAUUCUCAUGUCUGCAACAUUGGACGUGGCUACUUUUAAAAACUUCUUCUCCGACCCACCAAUAAUUUCCAUCCCCCACAAGUUACAUCCUGUUACCAUAUUUUACCCCACCAAGCCGAUAGAGGACUAUCUCAUAUCGGUUGUGUGUACCGUCCUGCAAAUACAUUUCGGCCAAAGAGGGCAGAAGGAUGAUCAGCUGGGGGAGGGGCCCCCAAAGGAGCUACCAACAAAAGAAGCCACUGCGGCACCACCCCCCAUCGGAGACGUCCUGGUCUUCCUUCCCGGACAGGAAGAAAUUGAAGCAGUAAAUUUAAUGCUGAAAGAAAAGUUGAAGAUCAUUUACAAAGGCUCCCUACUGCGGAAACUGAUUGAGGAGGACAAGGGGCAGGAGCGGGAGGCGGAAGAAGCAGGGGACGUGUUGGACAAAAUUAAUGUCGCCUUGAACGGGAACAGUCCACUUGAGGAUGGCAUUUGUUUCCACUUCGGCCACAUGGAGGUGGUACCGGACAAAAUAUACGCCAUGAAGAUUCUGCAACUGUACUCGUCCCUCCCUAAUAGGAAGCAGCGGGUCGUCUUCGAGCCCGUGCCACCCAACACACGAAAGGUCAUCCUCAGCACAAAUAUCGCCGAGACGUCAGUGACGAUUCCAAACAUAAAGUACGUGGUGGACAGCGGGCGUGUGAAGAUAAAAUUCUUCGACGCAAAAAAGGGCAGCAACAUUUUGAAGGUGACGCCAAUCUCAAAGGACGCCGCUAUUCAAAGGAGUGGCAGAGCUGGGAGGGACGCACCAGGACAGGUCUACAGAGUCUACUCCAAGGAGGAGUACGAGAAUAUGAACCCGUUUUUAAUUCCGGAGAUUUUCCGCUCUGAUUUGACGCAAAUAUAUUUGGAGUUGAAGGCGAUGAACAUCCCGAACCCGCUGCAGUUUAAUUUCCCGGAGAACCCCAAGAAGGAGCUGCUCUUACACUCCGCCAAGGUCCUCUUCCGAAUCAACGCAAUAGAUGUGGACAAUAACCUCACGGAGGUUGGCAAAAGGAUGUGCAUGUUGCCACUGAACCCGAUAUAUGCGAACAUGAUGUUGUGUUCCGUGGAGUUCCAUUGCAUGGACGAAGUCGCUACCAUCGUGGCGUUCCUAAACUGCGAGAGCAUUUUUUUGAAUUACAAUUUUUAUGAGGACCUCAAAAUGGUGAACGACGACACGCCUAACGCGGUCAACACGGCUAACACGGCUAACACGGCGAAUACUUCUAACGCGCAUAACGCCGCUAACGCGGACAAUGCGGACAACGCCUCGGACCCAGGCACCGAGCGGGACCCGCCCAUGAGCGACAGGAACAAACUCAUUAACAUCGCGCGCAGGAAGCUGAUGCACCCGGAUGGAGACCACCUAACCCUCCUGCACAUCUUCUACCUCUGGCAAGAAGAGGCCACGCCCAACGAGCGAAAGGAUUUUUGCAACCUAUACGCCCUCAACAAUGAAACCCUACAGCAAGUACAAAAAAUAAAGGAACAAAUUUUACAAAUAAUGAAAAGCAAAAUGGGGAUCACAGUGUCGCCAAAAUUGCAUAUGCAUAAAUGGGACCAAGUCUUAAUUUGCCUUUGCAAGUCCUGUUUUUUUAAUGUGGCCAGAUCGACCUCCAAUGCAAACGAGUUCAUAAAUGUUGUAACGAAAAGCAAGUUAUAUAUUCACCCGUCGUCUACUCUCUUUAGUUCACACAUCAAGGCGUCCUUCAUUUUUUAUUCGGACGUGGUGCAGACAAAGAGGCUGUACGCGCGCACAGUCACGAAGGUUGAGGGGGACUGGCUCCUCAAAUACGCGUCGCAAAACUUCCAACUCGUGCAGGCCCCCACGGGGGUCGCAUAA